CACUUGCCGUUGAAAAAACUGCAAACUCACCAACAUAAACGUUGCGGCAUGGCGUGUGUUAGAGUGAGACGACAAUGUUACAGAUGGUAUAUGCUUUGAAAUGCUGCCACGUCUCUUCUUCAAUAAAUAUCGAAAUUUAUACGCACGCAAAUGAUAGAUAUCGAAAUGAAACAUAUACCUACAUAAAUAUGUAUGUUUACUUUAUUACAGUCGGCGUUAGAAAGUCCUGUUUUUGUUAGUUCACAGUUGGUUGAGGCGAAGUAUUUAACUAACUUAGCGCUCCAUGUUCUACCCAAAAACUCCGUUUCUGAGCAACAGUUUGCUGGAAGCCGAAAUUCUUAAAGUCAAUUCGGCAGCUGUGUCGCAACUUUUGGAAUGGCUCUGUCGGACUCCACGUGUCACCACCUACAGGGUGAACAGACUGCGCACCAAUGUAGAGACGCACAAAGCGCAAUUGGAGGAGCAUCUCGCAAGGAGAUAUCCAUGUGGCCAGCAGGCCCCGAGGAUUUAUGGCCUGGCGGAUCUGCCCGAAGUACUGUGCAUAGCUCCCCUUGAGGCGGAACUGGCGUUGUCCGUACCCGAUCCUACGCUCAAAGAAGUCAUUGUGGACACCAGCUGCGGAGCUGCUCUGCUGCGGGGAGCUCACAUUUAUGCCCCUGGCGUUCUGGCCAUGGAGUCGAACACACAGCUGCAGGAAUGCGUCAAUGUCUAUGCUGACUUGGCCGGCAAAUGCAAGCGAGGGAUGACCACGCGUUACGAGAACUCGGAAAAGGUCUAUGUGGGCGUGGGCAAGGUGCUAAUGCAACGCUAUCAACUGUACAAUGACAAGGAUGAAGCUCCCACAGGGAUCGCCGUUGAAAUGCAAUCGAAUGUCAGUGGAGUGCCCUCGCUUGGGGACCUCAGCAGCGCAGACGCCCUGCUGCAAAAUCUGCCCUCUAUUGUAUGCGUGCGUGUCCUGGACCCACAGCCUGGUGAACGCAUCCUGGACAUGUGCGCCGCUCCGGGCAACAAAACUACUCACAUAGCAGAGCUAAUGGGCGAUCAGGGGUGCGUCGUGGCGUUGGAUAACUCCGCGAGUCGUGUGCGCGGCAUGCUGGGGAAACUGGGGAACAACUAUCGGAGCAUACAGGCGCACGUCUUUGACUCCACAAAAGCAGUGGCCGCGUCAAGCGAUUCGUCGUGCCCAUCCGCUCCACCCUUUCCAUGUGCCAGCUUCGAUCGCAUUCUUCUGGAUGCCCCAUGCAGUGGUCUGGGCAACCGUCCGCAGCUAUUGUGCAACAUUAAGCAGGCCAAGAUCUUGAAAUCCUAUCCAAACAUCCAGCGUCGUCUUCUGGCACAGGCUGUCCAACUUUUGCGCCCUGGCGGCAUCCUCGUCUACAGCACUUGCACAGUCACCGAGGCCGAGUGCGAGAGCAUUGUGGCCUGGGCGCUGAGAAAGUAUCCCGAACUACGUCUGCUGGAUGCCACACCUCGGUACGGGGGUCCCGGCCUGCCACUCCCGGAUCUGGAGACCGCUCAAUCGAAGCUGCUGCAGCGCUUUGGUCCCGGCAACGAUUUGGACACUGUGGGUUUCUUUAUUGCUAAAUUUCAAAAAGAUUAAACGAUUAUUCAAGUUA